AUGUUACUUUAUAAUGCAACGUUUGUAUUCAGGCUGGACAAGUCGGCGGAGAGCGCGGCCAACCUGGCGCAGGUUUCGCCGCGAACGAUGCAGACGGUGAGGCGAGCAGUCGAGACCGCGCUGCGGAGGGGGCCCAAGCUGGCCUGCCCACUGGUGGACGUGCAGGUGACCCUGCAUUGGCUGGAGGUGGGCAGGGGCACCUCCGACUCAGUGCUCGCCUCCUCGGUAGUGCACUGCCUCCGUAAGGUGUUCGAGCAGGCGGAGUCGGCGGUGCUGGAGCCAGUGAUGGCGCUGGAGAUCUUGGUGCCGGAGAGCCACUCGGCGCGGGUGAUGGCCGACCUGAUGAGGCGCAGGGUGCAGGUGCGCCACGUGCACGCGCGCCGCGACGCCAAGGUGGUGGACUGCAUCGCGCCGCUGUCCGAGCUGCUGGGCUACUCGUCCACGCUGCGCUCGCUGAGCUCCGGCCUGGCCACCUUCUCCAUGCAGUUCCACUCGCACCGGCGGAUGGGGCCCCUCGAGGAAGCGAGGGCCAUCAAGGAAGUCACCGGCUUC